UGGGCGGGGUUUGUUACGGUGAGAAACCUGGCAACCCUGGUUACCACAACAACCAGCUUCUGCAGUUCCUCAGUACUCUUUAAAUCGAGUGAACAGUUUCAUUUCUCUAAAGUGGUUUUGUUCAAAUGCGUCGCCCAAGGUAUUUCACGCCGAAGGAGGUGUCCCUUCACAACACUGUCAAAGAUAUAUGGGUGUCGUAUUUGGGCAAAGUGUACGAUUUGACACCACUGCUGGAGGAAUAUAAAGGUGAUGUUUUACUGAAACCUGUUGCAGAGUGUGCAGGAAAGGACAUCAGCCACUGGUUUGACCCAAAGACAAAGGACAUUCUUACCCAUGUUGACCCAAUGACUGGCUGCAUUAAAUACUACACCCCUAGGGGGCGCUUUAUACAUGUACCCCCUCCCUGCCCUCGCACUGACUGGGCCAAUGACUUCGGGAAGCCGUGGUGGAAGGAUAACCGCUAUGAGGUUGGGUUGCUGUCUGCCAAAACACGCUGGAUCCGCAUUAUCAACACUCUAACCUCCCAGGAGCAGAGGCUGGAGCAGGUAUGCUCAGAGGAGACCUUGGAUGAGAUUCUCCAGCGAUACCUGUGCUACAAUUCCCAUGCAGCAAGCUACACCUGGAAGCACAAUGGCAUAAAUUUGGACAUGAGCAAGACUCUGCGUGAAAACAGCAUCCCUGAAGAGGAUGAGUUUUACUGCGGAAGCCCAGACUGUAACCUCUUCUCUCCAUCCAUAUGUCUGUAUUUCAACGACGACCUCACUGAACUCUAAAGACGUUUGCAUUAAUAUGAACAAUGGCAUAUAAUUCAUUAGAAUAUUGCAACUACUGCUAGCAAAUUUAUAGGCAUCUGAGCAAGAAGCACGAACGCCACAUCAACUAUUCAUGUGUUCAGUGUUUUUAUCGAUUUCUGUCUGUGGUUAUCUUAUUGCAGCUCUCUGGGCUUCAUCCAAUCAAAUGCUGAGCAACAGAAUAAAAAAGAUGAAUGUCAGCCUACAUAAUAAACCCCUGAACCAUAAA